AUCCUCCUCGUCACGCAUUCCAUCAUCGCGUCUUUCAUCCACUAGGCACAUACUACUCUUAUCUAUCACUACCUCGACAGAUACUACUGCUUCGUCUCUUAUUUGAUCGAACUUUUUCUGUCUGAACGCUCCCGAUUCGUGGCGCGACACGACUGAUACAAUCUCAUUGCCACGGUCAUCAGCUAUCAAUCCAUUGACUUUCUAUUUAUCAUCUCCAACAAUAUGUCUGCCAAGUUGGACAAGUCGCUCGAUGAACUCCUCUCUAGCCGUCGUCGUACUGCCCGUCGUGGCGCCGGCCGCCGUUCCACCAUUUCCAAGGCUGGAACUGCUUCUACGCCAGUUGGGGGGGUGAAAAAGAGCACGAAGCCUGCAAAAACCGCCGGAAAGGGUGCCCAACCUGGACCUUCAUCGGCACCAAAGGAGAGCAAGAUCAUUGUAAGCGGCUUGCCUGCCGAUGUGAAUGAGGCCAAUAUCAAGGAAUACUUUUCCAAAUCUGCAGGCCCUGUGAAGCGGGUUAUGCUUACCUAUAAUCAGAAUGGUACGAGCCGGGGUAUUGCUUCCAUUGUUUUCAGCAAUCCUGGCACAGCUGCCAAGGCCGCGAAGGACCUGAAUGGACUUCUCGUCGAUGGACGCCCUAUGAAGAUUGAAGUUGUUGUGGACGCUUCUCACGCUCCGGAAGUCCCAGCACCUAAGCCUUUGACCGAACGCGUUGCCCAAGCCAAAUCCCAACCGAAGCCCGCUACAGCCGCUAAGACAGCUACUGCUGGUCGCGGACGUUCUCGCCGUGCUCGUCGGGGUCGGAACCCGAACCGCCCCAAGCCAAAGACUGCAGAGGAGCUGGAUGCAGACAUGGUUGAUUAUUUCGCCAACGAAAAUACAGGGCCAGCAGAGGGCACUGCCCAACCCAACGGUGGUGUCCAGCAGCCUGCAAACGGUGGCGAGGAUCUUGGAAUGGCUGAGAUUUCUUAAACGAGCGGCCAUACCGUUCCUUGUACUUUCCAAGCUGUGCUGGUGGUAUUCAACUUUUGUCUCUUUAGAACAGAUUCCUCUAGGUGUGGCUGAACUGUUCGUUGCUCUUCGUUACUAGUCUUUUCGGGUCAGGGCCUUUGGCUUUUUUUCUUUUUGCUGUCUCCUUCUAAGCUGUCCUGCUUCUCUGUUUUUCCGUUUUAUGCUGUUUACUUCGGUUUUUGAUGAGCAACGUUGAGGGAGAAUGUAUGCAUUUAAUUAGCAGGCUAUGAAUAAUCGUGUCAACGGAAGUUACAGAAGCCUUAUUAUUGUUUCUAGUCUUAUUUCGAAAGAUUGAAAUUUCUUAGGACAAUUCGAUUAAGCAUACAUAACUGUCAGACC